CUCAUUUACCUUACACACACUGCGCUCCUCUGUAUAUUUUCUACAGAGAGAGAAAGCAAUUCUUAAGGCAGCAAGAGUGGUGAGUGAAUUCUCAAGAAAUCUUAACCAAUGCUUGGUUCUUGACCCCUCUCUCCUCUUCAAGUCCACCCCUUUCCUCUUAAAACAAAAUAUCAUCACAGACAACUAGCUUCCAACUUCACAGAGAGAGAUGGGUUUGUAUGGGAAAACCAAGAGCGGCAACAAUGAAAGUUGGGGAUUGGGUUUGUUAUUAGUAUUUUUUCUCGAUGAUGAGAACAAUGAAGAUCAUCAGCAACAGCAUAAUAAUAAUAAUAAUAAUCAGAAAUACAAUGAGAAUAAGAAGAAGAAUUUAGCAACUUCAUCUCCUUUCAAAUCUUCACCGAGUAGUGGUAGGAGUAAUACUCCUAGUUUCUUUAACAACAAUAAGCUACUUAUUAGUAAAGCUCAAUCAACUAUUUCAAUUUGUGCUCUCCUUGUUUUCUUUACUCUAUUUGUUUUUACUCUUUCUACUUUCGAACCCUCCAUUCAUUCUUCUACUUCUGCUGCUACUAAAUUUCCUCGCCGUUGGCUUCCUGAGAAGAUAAAUUACAGUCAUUUAGACAAAACCCACGUCAAAAAAUCUCAAAUUUCAUCCUACUCUGUUAAUAAUUUCGCAUUACAAGGAAUGGGUACUCUGUUCAGAAGAGGGACCAAGCCAAUGAAUGAUCUUAUUGUUGCUCAUUUGACUGAAGAUAUUACGGAUUAUGAGCUUCAAUUGUUUCUCAGGACUCUUCAUAGAUCUUCAGUUACAGCUAAAUCAGAUGUUGUGUUCAUCUAUUCUUCUUCAUUUUCUCCAAAUUUUACUUCUAUAAUUCAUCAAGAAAAUGAGUCGUUUCUGAAACUCGUUCACCACCACAGAAGGAACGGUUCAGCAAUUAAUGUGGCCAAGAAAUUGAAGACGAUGAUCAACAGUUUCGAUGUGACACAGUUUUCUAAAUCUGAUAAUAAAGGUGAAUCUCUCUGGGGGAAACGAAUUCGUACCAAUAGUAAUCACAGCAAUAACAACAACUCGGCAGAAGGAGAUAUUAAUGAGUUGAGUAUUGGAUCCAUGGUAGGUUUCGAAACGGCAGAGUUAGACCCUGAAGACUCAUUAUCUGGUUUCUUUAACAAUCCACCAUCGAUCCGGAUGAGAAGAUGGGCUUGUUAUCCAAUGCUGUUAGGUCGGGUGCGGCGGAAUUUCAAGCACAUUAUGUUAGUAAAUGUGAAAGACGUGGUUCUUCUUGGUGACUCAAUGUCCCGAGUCAGGAGUAGAAGUGCUGAGUCAGUUCAUUUAUGGAUGAUGAAUAAAAACUUGUUGGAUAAAACUACCCAAUCCCAUAACAAAAAGGAUCAAUCCAAGCAACCCUUAACUGCAGAUUUGAUCAUGGGUGGAAUGAGAGGUAUUAGAAGAUUAUCAAAUGCAAUGCUGAAUGAAAUUGUUAGAGCUACAAUGAAACACAAGGGUAAAACAAACACGAUUUCUGAUUCAGGAAUAUUGAGUCAACUCAUCCAUAAUGAGUCGUUACUGAAGCAUAUAGAAGUAUCGGUGACAACUGAAUCAGCUAUUCCUGAUACGAGUUCACUCGUGAAUAGUAAAAGAAACUCGGGUUUGACUCAUCAUCAUCACCACCACCAUCAGCAUCAGAAUAUUGUUCACCGAGGUAAUAGAAAUGUUGAUCUCAAUUCUAUACUUUUGAGAGAACUGUGUUCUUCUUCAGUAGAUUCUUUAGUUUACAGUGAUUGUUAAAUUAGAAAUGCAGUAAAAGAAAAAAAUAGUGAAAAUUUAUUUAUUUGUUUUUCUUUCUUUCUUUUCUCUCAAAUUCUGUCCUACGUGUAAUCUAUCAAAAUUUUCUUGUUCAUAUUGGGAAACAAAAUAAUAUAUAUUCGAUCAUAUCU